AUGAAAUAUAUUGAUAAGGUUCAAAAUCAGAAACUGAAUAGGACCUAUGGAAAGUGUGACAUUUGUGAAAUCGUUUACAGUAGCGAAAUGCUCUUUUUGCCUGAACAUAGUCGUCCCCGACGCUAUCCAGAAUCCCAUUCAUCUCGACAUGAACCGCCUAGUGUUCACGGAGGUCGUUCUUCCUGCCAAAAAAUGAACCGCUAUGAUCACAAAAAUUGUGACCACUAUCGUCAAAGCUGUCUUAAUGGAAAACCUCGACCUUAUCGCAUUGGUAGAUCCAUUAUUUCUCAAUUCCACUCCCUUUCGACACGAUCAUGUCUGUGCAACGGUGAACGAUCGAAAAUGUCUUUGAGUUCUGGCAAGGGUAACUCUUCAACAUCUGGAUCUGGAUAUGCUAGCCAAGGGGGAACGGCAAUGAUGAAGCCUCAGGUAUUGGAAAAAGCAUUGAUUCACCGGUCGCCAGGGUCUCCAAAGCCGGUGCUGCACGAUUUCAUACAGCAAGAAUCAGUGCAACAAGGUAUAUUGACACAAGAACUUUCAUCAGGGCAUUCGGAGUCGGUGAUGUUCGAUACGCCCACGAGAUCUGCCCUCCCAAGCUUGCCUCCUUCAAGCGUUGCCGAGAAAACUCACGAAGUUGGGAAACUCUCCGAGGCCCUGGAUAAGCUAAGGCAGCAACAAUGUACCCUCACACGCUACAUCCGUCAAUUGAAGUAUAUUCGUCGCCAGGUUAGUUUUAUACCUGAAGCCUACUUGACGGUAGACGCUUUGGUUUUUUUAGAAAUGAACCUCUCUGACUCCCAAGCUGAAACCAGUUCCAGUGAUGACUUUAUUGACGACACCGCAGACGGAUUAGGUACGGUCGAAACUGGGGUGGAGAGCUAUAACGCCGAGGAAUUCAUCGGCAGUGUCGGCUCUAACGUUGCCUCCUCUGCUGCUGUAGUCAUUGGUGAGACGUGCGAUCAGAGUGGGUCGUCUACUACGGAGAUGUUUCUUGUUAAAGAUACUUCGAAUGCGCCUGUGAAGGCGGUUCUCUCUUCGUCCCGACUGCCAGGUGUUUAUUGCUUUUUGUACACCAAUGCAGGCGUUUUAAAUACAUCUGACGAACUUUGUUUAAAAGUUGCCUCAAAGCGUCGAGCUGGGACUUCGGCCUCUUCCAGCGUAUCAAAGGGAGGAGAACUGACACCAAGUCUCCCAAGGAAGGAAGUAGGAUCAGAUGAGUCCCAGCAAUCUUGUACGAGAAAGGCAGCAGAAGCCGAAUCAGUAAGUGUUAUAGAGCCCAAAGUAGAUCCGGUACGUCUUCGCUGGGUGCGCCAGUUACUAAAUCAUCCUCAGAGUCGGACAUACACUUUUGCUGAGCUCGACAAACUUGUCAUCGACCUUGUUAAUAAUUCCUCCUCAAGUAAGCUUCGGUCUCAUGUAGCACUAGUUGAUUGCUUCUCCCUUCCGUUAUUUGCGCUCUUUUUUGUUCUUUUAGAAUCCCCGAAAUAA